AGCAGAGAGAGGGAGAGCUUAGCACUGCCACUAGAAGCAGGCCUCACUUUCUCUGCAGGAAGGGCCAGAGCAAGACCAGACUCAGAGACGCCGACAGAACUGUUCCUGUCCUGCUGCGCUCACCGCGCCACGCACACCGGCUCCCGUCACUCCCAUCGCAGGACAGGGUGCCGCACCUCCUUCCUCCGCUGCUCUCCCAUUCGCCAGAGUUCAGCAAAACCCCUCCUCAUUCAUUUGUUUAUGUUUUCCUGCUUUGACUGGACUGAGAGCGCUCUGACAGCAGCCCAGCCAAGGAAGCAAGCAUGCUGCUCACACAGGGACUGAGGCAGGCCGGCGUGGGGCUGCUGACCUUGAGGAGGAUAUACUGCCUUUCCCGAGCUGCUCACACCUCUGCCCAGAAGGUGGAGUACAAGCCCAUCAAGAAGGUCAUGGUGGCCAACAGAGGCGAGAUUGCCAUCCGCGUAUUCCGUGCCUGCACAGAGCUGGGCUUCCGCACUGUGGCUGUAUACUCGGAGCAGGACACGGGCCAGAUGCACCGGCAGAAGGCUGACGAGGCCUACCUGAUUGGCCGGGGCCUACCGCCUGUGGCCGCUUACCUGCACAUCCCUGAUAUCAUUAAAGUGGCCAAGGAGAAUAACGUUGAUGCAAUCCACCCUGGGUAUGGCUUCCUCUCUGAGCGUUCUGACUUUGCACAGGCCUGUGCAGACGCUGGGGUUCGCUUUGUUGGUCCAAGCCCUGAGGUUGUCCGCAAGAUGGGGGAUAAGGUAGAGGCCCGUGCCAUCGCCAUCAGUGCAGGAGUGCCGGUGGUCCCAGGAACCGACGCCCCGAUCUCUGCCUUGCAGGAAGCGCAAGAGUUUGCCAACACCUAUGGCUUCCCCAUCAUCUUCAAAGCAGCCUAUGGGGGAGGGGGCCGAGGCAUGCGGGUGGUGAGGGAAUAUGAGGAGCUGGAGGAGAACUACCAGCGUGCCUACUCGGAGGCUCUGGCUGCAUUUGGGAACGGCGCCCUCUUUGUGGAGAAAUUCAUCGAGAAGCCCAGACACAUUGAAGUGCAGAUCUUGGGUGAUAAGUAUGGCAACGUGAUCCACCUGUAUGAGAGAGAUUGCUCCAUCCAGCGCCGACACCAGAAGGUGGUGGAAGUUGCUCCGGCCGCCCAGUUGGACCCCCACCUCAGGGACAGGCUGACCGCUGACUCUGUAAACCUUGCCAAACAGGUGGGCUACGAGAAUGCGGGCACUGUGGAGUUCCUGUUGGACAAGCACGGCAAGCACUACUUCAUCGAGGUCAACUCCCGUUUACAGGUGGAACACACAGUCACAGAGGAGAUCACAGAUGUGGACCUGGUGCAUGCCCAGCUGCGGGUUUGUGAAGGCUGGAGUCUGCCAGAGUUGGGCCUCAAGCAGGACAAGAUCCAAAUCAAUGGCUCUGCCAUUCAGUGCCGUGUGACAACUGAGGACCCUGCCCGUGGAUUCCAGCCUGACACAGGUCGCCUGGAGGUCUUCCGCAGCGGAGAGGGCAUGGGCAUCCGACUGGACAGUGCCUCAGCGUUCCAGGGGGCAGUCAUCUCACCCCACUAUGAUUCGCUCUUGGUCAAGGUCAUCGCCAGCGGCAAGGACCUGCCCACGGCCGCCACCAAGAUGAAUCGCGCAUUGGCCGAGUUCAGAGUCCGUGGCGUCAAGACAAACAUUCCCUUCCUGCAAAACGUAUUGAAUAAUGACCAGUUUCUCCACGGAGCUGUGGACACCCAGUUCAUUGACGAGAACCCAGAUCUCUUCAACCUGAAGCCCGUCCAGAACAGAGCCCAGAAGCUGCUGCACUAUCUGGGUCACGUCAUGGUGAAUGGCCCUGCCACUCCCAUCCCAGUGAAGGCCAAGCCAUCCUCUACUGACCCCGUCGUGCCCCCCAUUCCUUUGGGGGAGCCACCGGUGGGCUUCAGGGAUGUUCUGCUGCGUGAGGGUCCGGAGGGCUUUGCCCGGGCAGUGCGUGCCCAUCGGGGUCUACUCCUCAUGGACACCACCUUCCGUGAUGCCCAUCAGUCUCUUCUGGCCACCCGUGUGCGCACACACGACCUCAAGAAGAUCGCCCCCUUCGUUGCCCACAACUUCAGUGGCCUCUUCAGUUUGGAGAACUGGGGAGGAGCCACCUUUGACGUGGCCAUGCGUUUCCUGUGGGAGUGUCCGUGGAGGCGGCUGCAAGAGCUGCGCGCACUGGUGCCCAACGUGCCCUUCCAGAUGCUCCUGAGGGGUGCCAACGCCGUUGGCUAUACCAGCUACCCUGACAAUGCUGUCUUCAAGUUCUGUGAAGUGGCAAAAGAGAAUGGGAUGGACAUCUUCCGAGUUUUUGACUCCCUGAACUAUCUCCCCAACAUGCUCCUGGGCAUGGAGGCAGCAGGAUCCGCCGGGGGAGUGGUGGAGGCGGCCAUCUCCUAUACAGGCGAUGUAUCAGACCCCACACGACAGAAGUACUCCCUGGAGUACUUCCUCAAGCUAGCAGAUGAGCUGGUCAAGGCUGGAACACACAUCCUGGCCAUUAAGGACAUGGCUGGUGUGCUGAAGCCUGAAGCCAGCCGGCUUUUGGUUGGCGCCCUGCGGGACCGUUUCCCCGAGAUGCCCAUCCAUGUACACACACAUGACACGGCUGGUGCAGGCGUGGCGGCCAUGCUGGCUUGUGCCGAGGCAGGAGCGGACAUUGUGGAUGUGGCUGUGGACUCCAUGGCAGGCAUGACGUCACAGCCCAGCAUGGGUGCCAUUGUGGCCUGCACCAAGGGCACAGAGCUGAGCACAGGCAUCUCCCUGGAAAAGGUGUUUGACUACAGUGAGUACUGGGAGGUGACGAGAGGACUCUACACCCCAUUUGACUGUACAGCCACCAUGAAGUCUGGCAAUGCCGAUGUGUAUGAGAAUGAGAUCCCCGGCGGCCAGUACACCAAUCUACAUUUCCAGGCUCACAGCAUGGGUCUGGGCCACAAGUUCAAGGAGGUGAAGAAGGCUUAUGUAGAGGCCAACAAGCUUCUGGGCGAUCUCAUCAAGGUGACCCCAUCCUCUAAGAUCGUAGGUGACCUGGCCCAGUUCAUGGUGCAGAACUCACUGACACGUGAGGAGGUGGAGCAGCGAGCAGAUGAACUCUCCUUCCCGCUAUCUGUGGUGGAGUUCCUACAGGGUCACAUUGGCAUCCCACACGGGGGGUUCCCUGAGCCCUUCAGGUCCAAGGUGCUUAAGUCCCUCCCUCGGGUGGAGGGCCGACCCGGUGCCUCCCUGCCCCCCAUGGACUUUGACUGCCUCGAGAAGAAGCUUCGUGCAAAGCACGGGGAUGAUAUCACCCCCGAGGAUGUAAUGUCGGCGGCCAUGUACCCUAAAGUCUUCCAGGAGUUCAAGGAGUUCACCUCCAACUUUGGCCCCGUGGACUGUCUCAACACGCGCCUCUUCCUGGACGGACCUAAGAUUGCUGAGGAGUUUGAGGUGGAGCUGGAGAGAGGAAAGACCCUCCACAUCAAAGCCCUAGCCCUUGGGGAUCUGAACAAGGCUGGUCAGAGGGAGGUCUUUUUUGAGCUCAAUGGCCAGUUGCGGUCCGUUCUGGUCAAGGAUGCAUUGGCCAUGAAGGAGAUGCACUUCCACCCCAAGGCCCUGAAGGACAUGAGGGGGCAGGUCGGAGCGCCCAUGCCGGGGAAGGUGGUGGAGGUGAAGGUGAAAGAAGGCCAAAAGGUGGAGAAAGGACAGCCACUCUGCGUGCUCAGUGCCAUGAAGAUGGAGACGGUGGUGAACUCCCCGCUCUCCGGCACCGUGGCCAAGGUGUACGUGAAGCCCGACAGCAGCCUGGAGGGCGACGACCUCAUCCUCGAGAUCAGCGAGUAGACAUGGAGGUCCUGGAGGCCGUGGGCAGUAGAUAUAGAAUUACUUGAAGUGCUUUCUGUCCAUUUAGCAUAAUGGUCCUAAUGUAAGCAUUUUGGGUAAUGGAUAUAUGGGGGGGUCAGUGAAACCUGUCAAAAUGCAAUAGUACAUCUACAUUUAGGACAGAGUAAUUCUAUGUACAUGAUAACCUGAUUGGAUGGUGGGGCCGCACAUACAACCUCUGAACAUUGCACUAUCCUAGUGUGUGUGUGUGUGUGUGUGUGUGUGUGUGUGUGUGUGUGUGUCCGCUCAGGUCACCUCUUGUCAUAUUAGAGCACGUUGGACGUGAACAGCACCAACAAAUGGGGAACAUAAAUUGGGCGCGCUCAGUAAUUCUUUCUCUACACUUAGGGCCCUCUCCACACAUUCCAGUAGCGACUCAAAGCAGCCCUCCGAUUCACUGCUUCAAGGAAUGGAGGGAAAAAUGAGAAUUAUUUUUAGAUGAACGGCUCUAGUUUCGAAAUUAAUUAACAAAUGAGGUUGCAAUUAGCGGGGCUAAUGAGGGACGCCAGAGGUUGUCUCAAAGCGGCUGAUACUGCAUCCCAUUUCCAGGCGUGGCCCUUAUAUUUUUAUCCAGCUUAACUCUCUGUGUGUGUGUGUGUGUGUGUGUGUGUGUGUGUGUGUGUGUGUGUGUGCGCGCGCGCGCUGCACACGUGUGUGAGAGACAGGGUUGCCGAGGGGCAGCCGUUUCUCUGUUUUCUUAUGUCUAAUUUGUAAUGUCGCGUUCAGGCCAGAUCUGUAUUUUUUAAGGAAAAAUUGUCGCUUCUUCUUUGGUCCAUUCAGUGUGUGUGUGAGAGAGAGAGAGAGGCGCUACAGAUUGUGGGUUUUAAAAAGAAACUGCAAUAACGUUUUGUCACUUUACAGGAGCACAAAAUAAUUUCAAUGUCUAAAUUAUUCAUCAUCACUUUUGCAUCCAAUAUCAGAGUAAGUCCGAAAGUGUGAAUGUAAGGGCAGGCGUGGUAUAAAAAAUACAUCUUGAAAAUUUCAAUAUAGCAAUAAACAAGUGUUAUAAUACAG